GCUCGUGCUCCGCACCGGCAGCCCUGCCAGCAGCGAGCCAUGCCCUCUCGGCCCUCGCGUCCUCGCGCCUACACGAUCCCUCUCGAGCCAACUCUCCGCCAACCUGUCGAGCACGAGUGCGUCGAGGGACGCUCGAGGCGCAUCAGCUGGCGCAACCCGCUCGGCCUGCCGGCGCCUUUGACCUGGAAGCAGAUCCUCUACAUCGUCGGGCCACAGAUGAUCGGUGCGGCAUGCAUCGAUGGAGGAGCAAACUUUGGCGUGGCCUGCGCCAUGUACCGGACGAUCAAGCCCCAGGACACGAUCACGAUGUGGGACAUACGGCACAACACUAUCGCAGGCGACGUCGCCGUGACCGUCUUUAUCCAGGGCAUCCUCACGUUCGUCAUCGCGUCGGGCAUGGUUCACGUCGACAUGCGGCACGGCGGCAUGGCAGCGUUUCCGUAUCCCUGGCCCGACACGCAGUUCGCCGUCGUCAAAGGCGCCGACCCGGACGCCGCAACCUCGCGCCGUUCCAAGCUGUGGCGCACGUUCCAUCAGCGACACGGCCUCGGGCGAGGGCUCCACUUCUUUUCGGGCUCACACGUCAACGACAUCUUUGACACGAGCCUGACGCUGCGCCAGUUCGGCGAGCGCCUGUUCUGGAGCGUGUGGAAGGGCUCGGUCCUCUCGGCCCUCUUCUUCCUCGUGUGGUGGCCCAUCACGAUCGCCAUCAUCGCUCCUAUCUGGGGCGGGCGCAACAUGGCGCACACCUGGACGCCCGAGGUCAUCAAGGGCGUGUUCGGCUUCAGCCUCGGCCUCGCGAUGAACCCGCUCUGCGCCAUGAUCGCUCUCGGGUCUGAAGACUCGGUGCGGCAUCACCGCAACGAGGUGCAUGCGCAGAACGUGCGCGAGAUGGAGGAGGCGCCGCCGGCCAUGGUGACCGAGGCGGAGCGAGUCGUGCGGCCGAGGCCGGUGCACUACCGCGAGGGCGUCUAG